AGAGCUCACUCAUGUAAAGUUUCACUUUUGUUUUUGUUCUCAGGUAAUACAAAUAUUGAAAAAUGUUUUAUACAGGUGUGUCUCUGUUUGGUGUCUAUAAAGGUGUGUGUCUGUAUUUAAGCUUGAUUGCAAGAUACACAUGUACAAAAGUUGUGUUUUGAGAUACUGAAGGUCUGAUAAUGGCCGUAAAGGAACUGAGAGUAUUCAUUGUGUGUUUUUGGAUCAUCUACUCUGCUGCUGGGCAUGAAUUCUUCUCAUCAACAGAUCAAAUUGCACAGCUAUAUGGGAAGAUGAAAGAUUUUCUGAAGGUCUUCAGUCAGUGCAUUGAUGCUGAGAAUGUAGAGACAAUGAAGAGUGUUCUUCUGAAUCUUCUGCUUUCAUACUCUGACUCUGAGAACCAUGAGGAAGCCAUAAGAAACCCUGUGGCAGCUUACAGACUCCUCAGACAAAUGAGAAAUGAUUUGAUAUUUAUUGAAAAACACAUUAAGCCGAAUCUUUAUCAGUGUGAAGAGUAUCAGGAUGAGUUGGAUGCAAAACUUCUAGAGAUCCCACAGCUGGAGGACGUGGAUGGUGCAGCUUCUGGCUUGAUCAGACUGCAAGAGAUCUACAAACUCCACCCAGAAGACAUCACAAAGGAAACAUCUCUAAAUGCAGAUGAAGCCUACCAUGUGGGGUUGGUCGCUUAUGAUGAGGGAAAAUUCCAGCAUGCCUUUCUCUGGUUUCUGGACAGUCUGGACAGAUUAACAGAAUACUCAACCACUACUGAGGAAGAGUUGCUCCAUUACCUUAGUUCCUCAGCCUAUCAUUUUGGCAGCCUACCUGUGGCAAUCUACUUCGGCCAGCAGCUUCUAAAUCUGGUCAUAAACAUCUUUGCCUCAGAUCCAAGUAAUGAUGAAGUCAGAGUUCAGCUAAACUGGCUCCUUCACUUACAGAGCAACCCUGACAUAUUUACACUGAACACAGAGUCAAGUAACUAUGAGGCACUGUGCAGAGGAGAGGUUGAUGAGAGGACCUCCAAGAGGCAGAGGGCGCUGUCCUGUAGGUACAGCACAGGUGGAGGAAACCCCAGACUGAUGUACGCACCAGUGAAAGAGGAAGUGGAGUGGGACGAGCCUCGAAUCAUCAGAUAUCAUGACAUUAUAUCAGACAGAGAGAUAGAGAUCCUGAAGAAUAUCUCCAGACCUCAACUUUCUAGGUCUCAGAUCGGAAAGGGCACAGUCUCAGACUUCCGUACUUCUCAAAGUGUUUUUCUAAAAGAGGAUUACACUGUUGCUCGCAUCAAUCAGAGGAUUGCAGACAUCACAGGACUCUCCAUAGAAUCAUCUGAAUAUCUACAUGUUCAGAAUUACGGGAUUGGUGGCAGAUAUGAACCACAUUAUGAUGCAUGGGAUAAUGAGAAUGAAAGGAUUGCUACAUUCUUAAUUUAUAUGAGUGAUGUGGAAAUAGGGGGCACCACUGUGUUUCCUAAAGUUGGAGUUGCAUUGCAGCCAGAAAAGGGUUCAGCCGUGUUUUGGUACAACCUUCACAAGAGUGGUACAGUGGAUUUGAAAACAGAGCAUGCUGGAUGCCCUGUGUUAAUGGGUAAUAAAUGGGUGGCUAAUAAAUGGAUCCAUGAGUAUGGACAGGUGUUCAGGAGACCCUGUUCUUUGUCAGACAGGGAGUGAAAGACAGUGCAACCAUGUAGACAUCAUAUGAAGUGUAUCUGUACUAGGGUUGCAAAGGGGCGGAAAGUUUCCGGUAAGUUUCCGGAAACUUUCCACGGGAACUUAACCUGGGGAAUUUUGGAAAUAUUCCAAUUUGGAAACUUAACAGGAAUUUACGGGAAUUUAUGGGAAUUUACAGGAAUUUAUGAGAAUUUAUGGGAAUUAAUUGGAAAUUUUGGGAAAUUUAUAUAAAUGUGUAAUAUAUAAAAUGUAUCAUAUACAAACAUAAAUAUAAACAUUUUGUUUAGUCAUAACAUGAAAUAAGUUAUUUCUUUUUCGCAUUCAAUUAAUUCUAAUUUAGUAUAUGUAAAAUAAAUAUUUUUAUUGCAGCAAUUGUUAUGUGUUAUUUAUUUCAGUGUCACAUGAUCCUUCAGAAAUCAUUCUAAUAUGCUGAUUUGAUACUCAGUUAUUAUCAAUGUUAGAAACAGUUGUGUUGCUUAAUAUUUUUUUGGAAACUGUGAUACUUUUCAGGAUUCAUUGAUGAAUAAAAAGUUAAAAAGAACAGCAUUUUUUCAAAAUAGAAAUCUUUUCUAACAAUAUCACUUUAAUAUCACUUUUUAUCAAUUUAACACAUCCGUGCUGAAUAAAAGUAUUAAUUUCUUUCAAAAAAAAAAAAAAAAAAAAAAAAAAGGAAAAAAUUACUGACCCCAAAAUUUUGACCGGUAGUGUAUACUGUUACAAAAGAUUUUUAUUUUAAAUAAAUGCUGUUCUUUAAAUAUUUAUUCAUCAAAGAAUCCUGAAAAAAGGUAUCACAGGUUAUAAAAAUAUUAAGCAGCACAACUGUUUCCAACAUUGAUAAUUGAGCAUCAAAUCAUCAUAUUAGAAUGAUUUCUGAAGGAUCAUGUGACACUGAAGACUGGAGUAAUGAUGCUGACAAUUCAGCUUUGAUCACAGAAAUAAAUUAUAUUUUAAUAUAUAUUAAAAUAGAAAACCAUUAUUUUAAAUUGUGGUUAUAUUUCACAAUAUUACUGUUUUUUCUGUAUUUUUGAUCAAAUGUGUAUGUUAUGGACUGGGGGAAUGCACAGUGCAUGCAGGGGGUGUGGCCUCAAUAGCCCUGCAGUAAGUAGUGUGCUGUGUGAAUGUCAGGGUAAAAAUUCAACUGAAAUUGCAUUAAAUCUGGUUGUUUUAACCAAAAUUAUGCUGCAAGAUGUUUUUUUUUUUUUCAACUACAUUUAAGUACCCUGUUAUAGGCUAACCUGCAAAUUCCCUGUUUAUUCCCAUCAAUUCCCGUUAAUUCCCAUAUAUUCCCGUUAAUUCCCAUGGAAAGUUUCCAGCUUUGAAAAUUCUCGGAAUUUUGCAACCCUAAUCUGUACUAUAGAAGUACCUGUUAUAUUUAUUAUGUAUCAUGAGUUUUUAUAAUGUACAAUAGAUCAUCUGAUCCCAGGUGAAAAUAAAUUUAAAUUGUGUGUUUUUAGACACUUAAUAUAUUAAAAUUAUACUAUACUAA